AUGGAGCAAGAACAUGAUCGCCUUACCGUGUACACCCAGGAAAAUGAAGGGCUAUCCUACGCGCGUUUCCGUGUGAAGGGCUGCUCAGGAUCUCCUUUUUGGCACCUGGGGAGACCGGCACGUCCGGUAUACCGUAACCUGAUCCUGAUAAAUUGGGCAUGGCUUGUCAUGAUAUGUUCAAACCCAAGCUUGCAACUGCCCGGCCCCAUGGACGGCUCACGCGGCGACCAAUACCUCGUCAAGGAAGUUCCGUACAGUGCAUAUGCAGACCGUCCGGAAUCUAGCGUCAUGGACAGGAACCAUGAAAUGUCGGUUCAAAUACUCAAGGAUACCUUACCGGAUGACAGCCAUUCACAGGCAUUAGUUCUUUUCCACAACCCAAUGGCAUCCUCUGUGAACUUACCAACCGAGUCCAGAGACAAUGCUCAGACAGAUCAAUUUCGUCAGCGGCCAGCGGCUGACGGUCAAAAUAGUCCUACCGGCUACUGGACUCCCUCUAUCAGUGAAAAAACAGUGGGGCCGGUGAGCAACCCCCCUUUCACCCCUGGAGGCGACAUGACGAGCAAUGAGCACAUGAAGCGUUCCAUGGACCACUUUGUGGCUGAACUGUUGCAUCUAGUAUCUACUAGCCAAGCAAAUAUAGGAUCAUUGUCCAAAGGCGGCAACAAGCACGGGCGGCGUGCCCGACGCACGGCUCGGUUGAGAGAGGACGGUGGUUGUGCGAUCGCAAAAUCCACGGCAGCCCGGUUGUACGAUCGGGCACGUCAGGCUGGCAUUGCUUUUUUUCAACGACAGCUCCAAACAAUUCAACGCUGUCUGGACGAGGAAGCCGCAAUGGCGCAUGGAGUGAUUGACGAUACCACGCUCCUGCGUGCAAUUGCGCAGAGGCAUCCGAGCUAUGCCAAGCCGAUCCGGGUGAUUGGCCUGCUCCAGCGACAUCUGCCUCAUGAUUUUCGAUGGUCAACGGUCUUGAAGAUGGCGAGGAGUUGGUUAUCUCGGGACUAUUCUUAGGGUGACAGACAAUGAGUUCGCUGCGGGCCAAGUCAAUUGUGUAGUUUUUUUGCGCGCGAGCAGAC